AUGAGAAAAGUUCGAGAUAUACCUUGGUCUUUCUUCAAUCAAGAGAAAUGGCGGGUAUAUUCCUUCUACGAGUACCCUAGGAACGCGGUCAAGUCUGCUUUCAAGCUGGCAGAGGAUGGUUUUAUCUACAAAGGUAUUGAUGACUCGGUCAUUUGUUUCUUCUGUGAAAAAGAUCACGGAGGCUGGCGUCCAGAUGAUGAAGUGCAUGUGGUUCACGGCAGGUUAUCUCCUACUUGCCCGAUGAUCACAAAAGACAACUGCACAAAUGUUCUUUGGGAAAAACCAAGAGAGGGUCUGGCUCUUUUUGUAAAGAUUGAAGAACCCGGCGAGCAUCGUGAGCUGACAGGUCAAGGCAGAGGAAACACAAACAUACCGUUAGAUGCGGCACCAGGGACAAGACACCAGCAACGCAGCGUGGCUAGUGGGCAAGGCGCAAGACAACAGCCAAACGCUGCGAGAUCGAAAAAGAAGAAGAAGAAGAAGAAGAAGCCAAACGCUGGUGGUGCUCCUGCUUUGAAUCAAGUUGAGAUUGCCGGUGCUACACCACAAGCAGGUGUGCAACUGCCUCGUCCAACUCAGCUUGCAGAGAGGUCAGUUGGGUCACAAGGACAAGCUGUAAGUGGUGCGGCUGCGGUUGUUCGUAAUGAAUACAUCGUGACAGCUCACCAAGUCACAGACACUCGGGCAAGCUCUGUUGUGAUUACAUCCAGUGAUCUUGUCACCAGUAGUGGACAGAAUGGCCCUGUUAAUUAGGCUAGGCCAGCUGCAAGAGCUGGAAAUCAAGCUGAGACUAGAAACACACCUCCGGCAGCAGCUACCACAACAAGAGCAGCAACAGGAGCAACAGCAGCAGCAGCUGCAACAUCAGCCAACAGUGGGGCAGCAACGAAUACAACUCCAGCCGCAAGAGGGCAUACUUCUAGCACACCAGCUCCUCCACCUGUGCAAGGAAACGCUCCACCUCCAGCUCCAGUUGAGCAAGAAGCUCAGCCAGCUCCUGCUCCUGCUCCUGCUCCUGCUCCUGCUCCUGCUCCUGCUCCUGCUCCUGCUCCUGCUCCUCCAGCAGCACCAGCCAAUGACAACACAGCAAACCCACCACCAGGAGGUCCCUCCUACCAGCAGCUAGGCAUCAUCACAGAGAAACCUAAAAGGUUUGAGUAUGCUCUCAAGAUUGCUCGUCUCAGAAGUUUUGAUGGCUGGCCAAGCGGACAUCAUCUGACCAAAGAAGAUCUUUCAGAUGCUGGAUUCUACUUUGUUGGCUAUGGAGAUUGUGCUCGCUGCUUCUACUGUGGAGGUGGUCUAAGAAACUGGGAACUGAAUGACAACAUAUGGGUGGAACACGCUCGGUGGUUCGGAUCCAAGUGUGCAUUUAUGCGUCAGACUAAAGGCCAAGCGUUCAUCGAUGCUGUCAAGAAACUCAAUGAUGAAGGUUUUGAAGAAAUUUCAUAUGAAGACGUGAUGACAGAACUGAGAGGCAGUGCUUACUGGGAACAUCUCAGACGUGAACCAGAUAGCCUCGAGCGGGACCCCGCUGUCCUUGCUAUCGUUGAGAUGGGAUACACAAGGGAAGAUGUUUUAGAGGCAGCAAUGUUACUCAGAGGUGAAUCUAUUCCCGUGUCUUCUGACAAACUGUUUGAGAAACUUGUGGAAGCUAACAAACCCCGCACUGUGACUGAAGUAGAGGACCCUUCCAACAGUGUUAGACACAAUAUUACCAAGGAUAAGAAAACAAUUGAUACACUGAUAGAGAAGAACCACCAGAUGAGACAACAAACUGUGUGUAAGAUCUGCAUGGACGCAGAAGUGUCUGUCGUCUUUCUGCCUUGUGGGCACUUUGUUAGCUGCUCCGAGUGUUGCUCCGCCCUGGAGAACUGUCCUGUGUGCAGAACAGGUAUUCGCGGGGUUAUCAGAGCUUACUGGUAGUAGACCCACAUCGGUUUUGAUUGUUGUACCGAAAGAUUCUGUGAUUACUCUAUGAAGCCGAAGUGCUCCGAAGAGCAGAACUCAACCGACAUUCCAGCAACAACCACAAUAAAUGGUUUCAAACAUGACAUACUGAAACGUUACUAUGACGAGACCAAGAAUGACGGACAGAACUAAGGGAAUAAAGUACCCUCCUCCCAAGGAAAACGGGAUAUUUGGCUGUGUACGUUUGUUCAGAAUAGACUAACUUCCUCUUCCAUAAUGCUAAAAAUUGUGCGUAUUCCGUAUCCGGACGGCGACGAAUUUAUAAAAAUGUACGCUUCUGAUACCCCUUACGAUUUUGAAAGUUACCAACUAUUACUACAAGGACCGAUUUUGUGCGUAGAAACAGAAUUGGAAAUUAUGUUUAAAAACAAUCCCGAGUUAGGAUCUUAUAUACCGUUGUACAACCUAGAAAUUGUAGCGGCUGACGUGAAAACGCGUUCAUGGAUCGAAACCGUUAAAAAUUAUCUAUUGGCAGAGGAGGAGGAAGAGGGGGAGGAACAACGAGAAGAAGAAGAAGUUAACGAUGAUUACCAAUUACCUUUACCUCCGCCACCAGUAGAAGUUGAUGUUUUUGUUGAUGAUGGUACAAUCAGAUUACCUUUUGAAACUCCACCACCAUCAUCAACGCCGUAAUGGCUCGAGUUAAAGCUCUUAAUCCCAAACAGUCUUAUCUUUGUACAUCAUGCUAUAACUUUAUAUCUCCUGUUCUGCCUAUAUAUAUAAAGCACGUAACAAAGUGUGGUAUCAGAAGGAAGGACCGAGGCCGUAACAGCAAUAUCUUAAACUUAUAACAGAUAUUAGUAGGAUGGCAAAAUGUAUGGCGCUUCUGAUGAUCGAAUCAAUUACCAACAAAUUUAAAUUCCACAUGGAUAAUAUCAGCUUUGACAAUGGUGAUUUUGGCUUCAAAUUCUACUUGAACAACAGACGUAUUGAACGCAUCAGAGCCAAUGGAAAAGAACUGUACGGUAAACGCUUGCCAAAAAUCACUCUGACGUUCCAUCAUAAAGACGAAUUAUUACAUGACAAAUGUUCCGUUCAGAUUCUGUCUACUGAAAAGAAAUGCCAACUGUACGAGACUUAUCUGCGCACACGCUCUCCUUUGAACGAGCAAGAAAGUCUAUUCGACAACGUCAUCGUUUGUUACUUGAAAUCUGAGGACGUGGAUUUGUUGGCAGAAUGUCUGUGUUAUGGACUUGAUGAAAGCAGACACGAGUACGACAAAGACAAUGUGUGUACGACUUUGUACCGUUUGUUCAGACCGUACAUGAAUAUGAACACGUUCUGCAAUGUCCCCAAUUUGAUUCAAGAUGUUGGCUUACCAGGUGGGAAAAAUAGGAAAAAUAGCGCCUUUAGUUCAUUUCCCCCCGCCUGCAGAGAAGACUUUGAAAACUGAAUGCUAACCCAGCUUGAUUUUUAUGCCCUGCUGCUUGACU